UUGGGGGGAACGGAAGACGCGGACUGCAACAUGGGGGAUCCCGAGCCGGAAUCGGAGCAGAUUCGCCUGAAGUGCAUACGGCGGGACGGUUUCUUCACGGUGCCUCCGGAGGACAGGCUGGGACAGUGUCGGAGUGUGAAGGAGUUUGAAAAGCUGAAUCGGAUCGGGGAAGGCACCUAUGGUAUCGUAUAUCGGGCCCGGGACACCCAGACAGAUGAAAUCGUGGCCCUGAAGAAGGUUCGGAUGGACAAAGAGAAGGAUGGGAUUCCCAUUAGCAGCCUCCGGGAAAUCACACUGCUCCUUCGGCUUCGUCACCCCAACAUUGUGGAGCUGAAGGAGGUGGUUGUGGGAAACCACCUGGAGAGCAUCUUCCUGGUGAUGGGUUACUGUGAGCAGGACCUCGCUAGCCUCCUGGAGAACAUGCAGACACCCUUUUCAGAGGCUCAGGUAAAGUGUAUCAUUUUGCAAGUCCUUAAGGGCCUUCAGUAUCUUCACAAAAACUUCAUCAUUCACAGGGAUUUAAAGGUUUCCAAUUUGCUUAUGACAGAUAAGGGUUGUGUUAAGACAGCUGACUUUGGCCUGGCUCGGGCUUAUGGUGUUCCCGUGAAGCCAAUGACCCCGAAGGUGGUCACCCUCUGGUACCGGGCCCCUGAACUCCUCUUGGGAACAGCAACCCAGACUACCAGCAUCGACAUGUGGGCGGUGGGCUGUAUCUUGGCGGAGUUGUUGGCUCAUAAGCCCCUCCUCCCAGGCAGUUCUGAGAUCCACCAGAUUGACCUGAUCGUGCAGCUGCUUGGGACACCCAAUGAGAACAUCUGGCCGGGCUUUUCCAAGCUGCCUCUAGUCAGCCAGUAUAGCCUGAGGAAACAGCCGUACAACAACCUCAAACACAAGUUUCCGUGGCUCUCUGAGGCAGGGUUACGUCUGCUCAACUUCCUCUUCAUGUAUGACCCAAAGAAAAGGGCCACGGCUGGGGAUUGCUUGGAAAGCUCCUACUUUAAAGAAAAGCCAUUGCCCUGUGAGCCUGAGCUCAUGCCCACCUUCCCUCACCAUCGGAACAAGCGGGCUGCCACAAGCACCACCACCUUGGCGGGAGCUGAGAGCCAGGGCAAGCGAAGCAAGCCCUGAGGUGCUUCUAGGCCCUCUCCCAAGACUCUGGGCUGACCAGAAACAGGAGCCUGUCUUUGGAAGAGGCCACAAGGUCAAGCCCUCCUCACUCCUCUGCUUCAGGGGAGGUCUUUUCUACCUUCCCUCGCAUCAGGGAAGGAGUCAGAUUAUUUCGUUCAGUCUCAGUUUCCUCUCCCCUGCAAGCCGGCCUCAGCUGCUUUGUCAAGGUUUGAAGUUCUGAAUUGUCCUCAAAGGUCACCGUGGUGGAUCCCGAAAAGUCAGAACCAGAAUAGCCAAAUAGACUGGACUGUGGUCUGAGAGCUGGCCCUGUGCAGUGUGGAGUGGCCAGCCAGAAAGUAAUGAGUAUUUUCAGCCAUGACAUACUUAGGAAGACUUUCUUCUGAAAGGCAGCAGGAUCGCAAGUCUGCCCCCCACACUGAUGAAAUCAGAGCUCUCUGAAGCAGAUACCAGCCUCUGCCGGAAGGCUGGCUCAGUCUCUUCACUCAAAGACCAGUAAAAUUCCCCGGGUGGAUGUUGGAGCCAGCUUGGGUGGCACGAAGAGGUGGGGGAUGAGAGCAGCCAAUGGCUCCUGGAACGUCCCGGCUUUUACUCUAGAACACAUGGGAUGUUCCAGGAGAGGCAGCCUAGGCCAUCAUGUUUGGUUUCCAGCUCUCUGGGCCUAGGACACUGUGGCUGGUAUAAGGACAUUCUACUCAUUUUCCUUCUCCUUCAGUUCAUGCCCUCAGUUGUGGUGUUAGGACAAAAGAUUCUAUUAAUGCUCUCUCUGCCCUUUGCCCUUCUUAGCUUCUCAUUCAGUAAAAGUCACCCCCUUUUUCCAGGUAGAUCAGGGAGGCUGAGGCACCAGGUACAUAGCCUUGGGUGCAGAUUGAUUUGUAAGUAGUCUGGUGAGCGAUGGCCAGACACCUGCCAAUGUCUCACUGAGAACAGGUAGCUGCCAGAACUCACCUUGGGCCUCAGCAGACACCUCCCGGACUCUUUCUCUGGCGUUCAGCCCAGUGUUCCAGCUGGCAGUGACGAGGCUGGAACAGGGCGAGAAUUUGGUUUUCCCCACCUGGAAGACAGACACAAGGUUUGGGGAGGGAAAGAAAGCUGGGCUGGAGAGAUCUGGGUUCCAGUCACUGCUAGAUCUUACCUGCUUCCUUCUUCUGAGGAGAUGAGGUCUAGCAGGGUUCUGUCAUAUGGAGUGUGGAGGAAACCCUGCCCCCCUAUAAUUCAGCCAUAAGGACUGGACCGAGUUUGUUCACCCUGAUGCUGAGCUCCCUUCGAGGGAAGGGAGUGCUUCAGGAGGUCCGGAUGUCAGGAAGAACUUAAGGGAACAGAGAUCCAGUUGUAUCCUGGUAUAAAUAAUGUCCUGUCCCCAGGACCCCGGGUGGAGGACCUCAGCAGCCUUUCACGAAUGAGACCAGGAACUCUGGGGCCUGAUGGGGGAUAGAGUUAGCCUCCUGUCCUAGAGGAGCCAAAAUUACACCUUCUGUAAGAGGGCACUGGGGGGGAAACAAACUGUGUUUGUUCAAAUGCAGCUUUUGAAAAGUGUUUUAAAGACUGCUCUUUGAAUGCUA